GGGAAAGCGCGUGUGCAGCAGCUAGCAGAGAACACAAGAUAUUUCAGGAGACGACUGAAAGAGAUGGGCUUUAUCAUCUAUGGAAAUGAAGAUUCCCCUGUUGUGCCUCUAAUGCUGUACAUGCCAGCAAAAAUUGGUGCGUUUGGGCGUGAGAUGCUGAAGCGGAACAUUGGUGUUGUGGUUGUGGGCUUCCCUGCCACCCCCAUCAUCGAGUCCAGAGCCAGAUUCUGUUUGUCUGCAGCUCAUACCAAAGAGAUGCUUGAUACAGCUUUAAAAGAAAUCAAUGAAGUUGGGGACCUUUUGCAACUGAAAUAUUCCCGUCACCGUUUGGUACCUAUCUUGGACCGGCCGUUUGACGAGACAACAUAUGAAGAAACAGAAGACUGAGCUCCCUCCAUGUGCCUUGGUGGGAGGGACAUAUCCCAUGGGACACUCCGUGGCAUGCAGGCCACAGCGUCCAUGAACAACACACUUAUGACUGCUUAGCAUAAAAGACAUUUCCUCACAAUACUGAAGUGGCCACAUCAGCUCUAAAUGGCAUUUUGUAAAUAGGGAAAGGAGAAAAAAAAAUAUUUGAUUCCUGUGUCUUUGGGGUCUGGCCCUAGAGGUGCUUGGCUUUAUUUUUUCUUUUGCUUUUUUAUUUAUUCGUCUCAAUGAGUUCACAGCCACCCGAGUUGGCUGUGGCUGAUCAGCUCAGACUUUGUAUGCACCAUUAGCCUCCCAAAUGCUGGCUGAGAUGUUGUAAGCAUGUGUGAUGCUGGCAUGGCAGCAUUUCCAGUGUCACUGCUAGGUGUCUGACCUUCCCAGUAAGGAGUGAGCUGACCUGUCUGGUUUUGGAGACUUCCUAGAGAAACUGUUGAUUGCUAACUUUGACAUAUUUAACAAGAUGGAUAAUCGACCAAAGUGGGGUUUGGGUUUUUUUGUUGUUGUUUUGCAGUUACUUGUGUUUAAAACUUGAAUUUAGCCUUUUUAAAAUAAAUGUGUUGUUGACAUGUCA